CUUACAUUUCACACUUACAAGUUAAUUACGAACAAAAAUGAAGGUUGUUCAGUUCCUUGUAGUUCUAUUGGCUUUGGCAUCGUCCGUUGCCUUUGCUUAUGAUCCAAGCCCUCUGCAAGACUUCUGUGUGGCUAUCAAUGAUACCAAGACCGGUGUGUUCGUGAAUGGAAAAUUUUGCAAGGAUCCAAAGCUUGCUAAUGCUGAAGAUUUCUUCUAUNGUGGGUUGGGAGCCGGUGACACUGCNAACCCGUUAGGUUCAAAGGUGACAGCAGUGACUGUUAAUGAAAUAUUAGGUUUGAACACACUUGGCAUAUCCUUGGCUCGCAUAGAUUUUGCACCCAANGGUUUGAACCCUCCCCACACUCACCCUCGAGGAACAGAGAUUCUUCUAGUCUUGGAAGGUACCCUUUACGUUGGCUUUGUGGCGUCCAACCAGAACGACAACAGGUUAUUUACCAAAGUGUUGAACAAAGGUGAUGUGUUUGUUUUUCCCAUUGGUCUGAUUCACUUCCAGCAAAACGUUGGUUAUGGAAAUGCUGUGGCCAUUGCUGCUCUUAGUAGCCAAAACCCGGGUGUUAUCACUAUUGCAAAUGCUGUCUUUGGAUCUAAACCUCCCAUCUCCGAUGAUGUUCUCGCCAAAGCUUUUCAAGUUGACGUAAAGAUUAUCGAUUACCUUCAGAGGCAAUUUCAGGUACAACAAUAGCAAGAGUGUGGGAACAUGAAACACUAUCGUUAAUUAUCUCACCUUCCUCGGACCUUACAUAAAUGAUUUUCUAAAUGUGUAGCUUUUCAUGCAAAAGUCUCUCAAAGUUACUACAAAUAUUAAAUAAAAUGCAUGUAGCUAUUUAUGUUAUGUCUGUAACAAAACUGUUUUGUGUGCAUUUCAACCUUAA